AUGGCCAGGACGACCAAAUACAGUCAAGGCCGCGUGCCAACUACUCCCGUUGACAAUGCCACUGUUCGCAAGCGAAGGGCUCACAAGAAGUCUCGGCUAGGCUGUCGCAAUUGUAAAAUCCGCAGAGUCAAAUGCAACGAGGUCCGACCAAUGUGUGGAAAGUGUCUGGAAUACGGCGUGUUAUGCAAUUACGAUCCUAGUAUACCUGAUCUCCAGCCUCGAACCCCCGCUUCUGAACUUGGCUAUCUGCAAUCGAGGGUGGAAAGGUCGCCUUUGGGAACGACUAAACCUAUCUUAGACAUGAUCACUAUCUCCUUGGACAAAAGCACUUCUGAACUGGAGUCGCAGAGUGGAGCUACGCGAUUCGACAAAUCUGAUCUGGCACGACUUGACAGAUUUCAAACUAGGACAGUUCUCAGCAUUGGCACAAAGAGAGCUGCCCGGGUUUUCCAGAGGGAAAUCAUCCCACUCGCCUGUGCGAACCCCUUGCUCAUGCAUUUGGCCCAGGCAGUGACCGAGUCCCACGAUCGUUACUUGUGUGGAGUGGCUACAUCGAGACCCAGCACAACCGAAGCCUACCACUUGAACAAAGCCUUGGUUUCCUUCCAGAGCAUUCUCUCCCGCCCCAUCAGACGCGACGAAGGGGAUGCGUUGCUCCUCGCCUCAUCCCUCCUUGGGGUUGUGAGCUUUUUCAACCUCGAGGCGUCGUCCGUCGAAGAUGUCUGGCCGUUGCAGGAUACUGACAUGGCUUGGCUCAACUUGAGCGACGGAAAACAAACCAUCUGGCGGUUGGCCAGCCCUUUGAAAGUCGACAGCCUUUGGCGACAGGUAGGCAUUGCAUUCGAUCACGACAAGCUGCCUGAAAAUCAAAUCCCUGAUCACAGCCCUUCGAUAUUUGACCAUCUCUGUGCCGAAGAUACUGAGUCGCCAUCAGCUCGGGUCAAUCCAUACUACAGGACUGCAACACGGCUCCUACCCUUAUUGGACCUCGAAUGCGAUGACUCCACCUGGCUGCGGUACCUUGGGUUUGUCAACCAGAUAGAUCCACUCUACAAGUCCCUCCUUGUGCGAAAAGAUCCUUGGGCGUUGCUUAUACUUGUGUAUUGGUACAUGAAAGUGUGCAGAGGUUCUUGGUGGAUUUCAUCUCGAUCUAUCCUUCAGGGGCAGGCAAUUUGCCUGUAUCUUGCACGGUACCAUUCGGAUGAUCCAACCAUACUCGCAGCUUUGGAUAAGCCAAGGCUGGAAUUCAAUGCUGCACAAAUGGAAGGAUGGGGAGGUAUAUCUUCUGUGGUCAGCAGUCCAGGAUGGUCUUAG